AUGGCCGACCGGAAGCGCCCGAGCGCUCAGAACAUAUGGGAUUUUGUCAUGCUGGGCUGCACCAUCGGUGCAUUCUUCUACCUGGGCAAGACCUUCCUCUCGAACCUUCAGGGCACACUCGCCGAUCCGGACAAGGAGAAGCAUGAACAGGCACGCUUGAAGGCCAAGGCAAAUCUGCAAAGGAUACAAAAGCAAAGAGAGUUUGAGGCGGGCGAGCGGCACGAUGGUGAGGGUCUCGACCAGCGAGGACCCAGGGUAGAGGACCUGGUGCUCAACGAGUAUGAAAAUCUGGUUGCGCUUGAGGUUGUCGCACCAGAAGACAUUGCGGUCGGUUUCAACGACAUCGGAGGGCUCGAAGACAUUAUCGAAGAGAUCAAGGAGUCCAUCAUCUACCCCCUCACGAUGCCUCAUCUCUAUUCGCAUGCCGCACCCUUACUCGCCGCACCAUCUGGAGUCCUCCUGUACGGCCCCCCAGGCUGUGGCAAAACGAUGCUGGCGAAGGCUGUCGCACAUGAAAGCGGAGCUUCAUUCAUCAACCUGCACAUCUCAACCCUGACGGAGAAAUGGUAUGGCGACUCCAAUAAGCUGGUACGCGCUGUCUUUUCGCUCGCUCGCAAGCUUCAGCCGGCGAUCAUCUUCAUCGACGAGAUUGAUGCUGUGCUUGGCACGAGACGAAGCGGCGAGCACGAGGCCAGUGGUAUGGUCAAGGCUGAGUUCAUGACCCUGUGGGAUGGUCUCACCUCGUCAAACCAGCAGGGCUUGCCAGCCCGGAUAUGCGUUCUCGGAGCAACGAACCGCAUUAAUGACAUCGACGAAGCCAUCCUGCGCCGCAUGCCCAAGAAAUUCCCAGUUUCUCUACCCGACAAGAGCCAGCGGCUCCGCAUCCUGCAGCUCAUCCUCAAAGACACCAAGACCGACCCACACAACUUCAAUAUUGAUUACGUAGCAAGAGUUACAGCCGGCAUGUCUGGAAGCGACAUCAAGGAGGCCUGCCGAGAUGCCGCAAUGGCGCCCGUGCGCGAGUAUAUCAGGGAGCACCGCGCCAGUGGUAGCGCAAUGUCGAGCAUUGAUCCCAAGAAGGUGCGCGGCAUGAAGACGGAAGACUUCUUUGGCCGUAAAGGUGGUGGUCAGAUCUUGCUCGACAAUCACUCCAAAGCCAGCGCCAAGGCGAGAGCGGCCGCUACUCCUUCGAGCACAGACGAGUACGAGGAUGUCGAGGAGGUGGACGAGGAAACCACUGACACUGCGACGUCGGCUAGAGGCGCCACCGAUUUCCAGCUAGACUAG